ACGACAUAGUCGACUUGCAAUUGCGACGCCAGAUUAAGGCAUUGGGCCCCUUUGCGAAUUGCGCCUCGAUUUUCUCGCUUCACGAUAGUAAAGUUGCAUCUCAGCGAACAUGUCCGGCGUCCCUCCCUCCCCGCUCUUCUUCCGCCAGCCGCUGCGGUACAUGAAAUGGGCUGCGUACAACAAGCCGGCUUACUUUUACUCGAUCGUCAUCGGCCUUGCUGGUCCCAUAAUGCUGGUUACCGUCCCUCCGAUUCGGAGAUACAUGGGCGAAGAGCCCAUUCAGAGGAUUCCCUUGACAUACCCAGUACCAAAGGGACCACGGCCAAGGCCAGCGGGAUUCGAUGAUGAGUAGGGAUUGUUAGAAGAGAUAGGAGUGGA